AUGGCUCCUGCCUUGACAGCCCAGGCGCCCACAGCUCCUCACGAGCUCGGUGCUAAGCUCAGCCACGAGGCUCCCAAGCACAUCUAUCCUGAUGGUAUUAAGACCUCGGGACAACACCCACCGCUGUACGAUCAGUUGCGCCCAUACGAGGAUUUUCCCAAGGAAAUCACUGGCCCCACAGUGUGGAACGUGGAAGAUUACAAAGGCCAUCCCGAGCAAUGGACACACAUCUUCUCUGACGCCGAAGUCAAAGAAAUCUCCGACACCGCAGACGCCUUCAUCAAAAGCGGUACGCCACUGACGGGUAUCUCACAAGAGAAUUUCCGCCUCGAGGACUUCGCGCAGUUCCUCAAUGUCCUGCGGAAAGAGUUGAUCGAUGGCAAGGGCUUCAUCUUGUUCAAAGGCCUGCCGGUGCAGGAAUGGGGGAACCACAAGAGCGCCGUAGCAUAUAUGGGCCUCGGAACCCACCUCGGCUACUUUGUCUCCCAGAACGCCCACGGCCACGUCCUCGGCCACGUCAAAGACCUCGGCGAGGACAGCAACGCCAUCGAACGCGUGCGCAUCUACCGCACCAACGCACGUCAAUACUUCCACGCCGACGAUGCCGACCUCGUUGGUCUGCUAUGCAUUGCGAAAGCGCUCGAGGGCGGCGAGUCGGACCUCGUAUCUUCGCACGCAGUGUGGAAUGAUCUGCAGACCAACAAUCCCGAUGUAGCGAGGACGUUGACGGAGCCGAUUUGGUACUUUGAUAGGAAGGGGGAGAAGAGUGUAGAUGAGGAGGACUGGAUUAAGACAAGUGUGUUUUAUCUUGAGAAAGGGGAUAAUCCGAGGGUGUACUCAAAAUGGGACCCCUACUACAUCCGCUCGCUAGCCCGCUUCUCCGAUGCUGGACUGAUUCCUCCACUAUCAGAUGCCCAACAACAUGCCACCACAGUACUCGAGAAGACCUGCCAGCGCCUUUCCCUGCAUAUGAUCCUUGAUGUUGGCGACAUCCAGUUCCUCUCCAACAACCACAUCCUGCACGCCCGCACAGCGUACAAGGAUUAUGCGCCGCCGGCGCCUCGUCGCCACUUGAUGCGAUUGUGGUUGAGCACGCCGGAGGAGGAGGGCGGCUGGAAGCUGCCGUUCCAUGAUAGCGCGGAGAAGAAGAGAGGUGGGAUUCAAGUUAACGAUAACCCCCCUGUGGCGCCCCUAGAUGCAGAGUAG